AUGAAGACUCUCAUCGCUGUUGUGUUAGCUCUGGCCGUUCUGCAGGCGACCGCUGUGCCUCUGGACGUGAAUGAAGCGGAAGUUGACAGACCUGCUCGCUGGGGGAGAUACUGCGACCAGUCCUAUUACAACAACAGCGGUGUGAUAACAAGUCCUAACUACCCUCAGGAUUAUGAUAACAACCUAGACUGCGAUUACGUCAUCAACCCGACGCUGUACGGACGCUAUGAGAUGCGAUUUUACCUCUGUGACUUCGAUGUGGAAGCGUCUGUAUUCGGCGGAUGCUCAGACUGGGUGGACUUCAACGGGACGCAGCGGAUUUGUGGGAUUCAAUUGGGCGAGAUGAAGUUUAUGGGCACUGGGUUUUUCGAGUUGAAAUUUCACACAGAUUGGCGUACGACACGACGUGGCUUUAGGAUUGCAUAUUGUGCCGGCUGUUAUAACUGGAACGCUGUGUCGGCAAUGUGCAGGAACAGGCGUUCCCGUUUGGCGAAUACAGGCUGGCAAAACGGAUACUUCCCGAACGGUUCCUUCGGAAAUGGAUGGCCGAACAUCACUCGCUACAACCAGUCCCAGCAUUGGGGAUGGCCUAGCCAGUAAACCGAAACUUUGAAUACAUAGCUUCUCUUAAUGAUACACAUCAUUUGACAAAUAAUUAAUAAAAUACGUAACCGUGGAUGAAUCUGCAUCAAAUCAAUUAAAAAUACAAAGUCUGAGACCUUUGUUUAUUCAAAUAAAUAAAACUUGUU